UAAUUGCACCUCAGGCCCACCUUUAUGUAAAAUUGACCAAUCGUUGCCCGGGAUGGGGACUUCCGCCAUGGAGACGGAGCAUGUCCAUUGUACGAGGUGUUCUGAAAGAGUGCCGCGAUUGUUGAGGUGCAGGCUUUGAAAUACGUGAUUUCUUCAAAGUUGUGUAAUCUCUCGUGGCCGGUUGUCGCCUUUUAUCCCGGAAUCGUGUGAAAUUGUUGUGAUAUGUGACUCUUAGGGAAAGGUAACGGGUCUGUUACAGGGACAAACAGUGGCGGUCUCACCAUAGGAAUUUGUUCGUUAGCGGCUGCUCAGCCACCUUGCGGUCCUGCUAGCACUGGAGCUAACUAACGGUAACGGCAGCGGUUUUAUGGUGUGAAUCUGCGGGAAUAUGUCUUUAACCAGAGGUUGUCGCGUUUCGACAUAAGUCGCCGGAGUCGGGAUUAAACAUCGAGAGCUGUUAGCUUGCAAACUAGCCACUUAGCCGAGCUAGCUAGCUAUCGCUAAAGGAUUGUCUUUCACAAAAGGGCAACGCGUGAACAAGAGACUUGGUAACUGAUCUAACGCCGGUUCUUGGGUGAUUUUUUUUAAUCGUUUGGGCUAUAGCACAAAUAGCAUUAAAGUCGUGCAGAAUGAAUGGGUUCAGCACAGAGGAAGACAGCCACGAUGGACCGCCUGCUCCGCCGUUUUAUGGACAGAGCUGCUGUCUGAUCGAAGACGGAGAGCGCUGCGGCCGGUCAGCUGGAAACGCCUCCUUCAGCAAGAGGAUCCAGAAAAGCAUAUCGCAGAAGAAACUCAAACUGGACAUUGACAAGAGUGUGCGGCACCUGUACAUCUGUGACUUCCAUAAGAAUUUCAUCCAGAGUGUCCGCAACAAGAGGAAGAGGAAGACCAGUGAUGAUGGAGGAGAGUCCCCGGACCACGAUGUGGAGGUUCCUGAGGUGGACCUUUUCCAGCUGCAGGUGAACACAUUGAGACGCUACAAGCGACACUACAAGCUGCAGACCAGACCUGGACUCAACAAGGCCCAGCUGGCAGAGACGGUGAGUCGUCACUUCAGGAAUAUCCCGGUGAACGAGAAGGAGACGCUGACCUACUUCAUUUACAUGGUGAAGAGCAGCAAGAGCCGCUUGGACCAGAAAGGCGACGGCGGCAAACCGCUGGACUAAACUUCCCCCCCAACACGGCAGCAGUAGCUCCAACAACUGCAGCUUUUCACAGAACGUGGACACCACUAACAGCAACAGCAGCCAAACCAGCUCCUGCAGCUCCCAUCUCCCUCCCAGAGCACAAACUCUUGUUGUCCCUAGAGGACUUUUGACUGACCUGGAGAACUGAGGGCAGGAUGAGUUUUGUCCUCUUCACAUUAAAAACUGCCUCUGUGCAUGUUGUCACACCCGCAUUUUCUCUCCCACUCGUCCGAUAAAGACUGUCAAGGACCAGGACUCACUCCAUGGGGCUUCGCACCGUUGGGCUGUCCACAUGUACAAAAGAACAGCGUCUGGUCUUAAGUAACUCAGUUGAAUGCAAUGUACAAUAUAGCUGCCUUAAGAAUGAACACGAGUUUCUCUAAUUCUUUUUUUCUUUGCCGGUUUGACUGUUAACAUCAAGAGGAGUGAUUGUGCCAAACAGGAACGUGUGCUGGAAUUGAGUGAUGACUGGGAACUUUUUCUCUCUUAUUUUUCUUUUCUUUUUUUUUCAUUGUUUUUUUUUGUUGUUAUUGUGAAUGAAUGAUUGGAAAAGGGUGCCACCUUUGCUGAGGUUAUGUCAAACACAGGGGCUCAGGAUCAGUGUCCUCUCAGUAACGUCUAUAAGAGCUGAUCUGACCUUUAAUCGAUCGCCCGUUUCCAGACCCGCUCUCCUCCUCCUCUUCCUCCUCCUCCUCCUACUCCUCCUCCUCCUUCUCGCUUGCCGUUUUAUGAACAGACACAUACUGAGUUUUCCUCUGUGCGUCGUCGCAGGUGUUGGUCGCUGAUCUCAUUUCUUUCUUUGUAACCCAGUUUUCUUCUCUUUAGUUCAGCCUUAAGUUGUACAAAGUGUUGUUUGUCUGCAUGUCUGAUUAGAUUUUUUUUUCCACCUCAUGUGGAAUGAGUGUGUGUGUGUGUGUGUUAGAGAGAAUGACUUAGGCCUGUUAGAGUAAUUAUUAGCUGUCAUUUUAAUAUUUAAGAGCAGCGUUUGUAGUGGACAGUGUCUCAGCUCCUGAUUUGAUACUGAAGCUGGCUGGGUUGACGGACGCCUUUCCUACUUACCAGCCAGCAACAAUCACGGUUUUAGUGGAAGUUGUCUGCACUGUCUUCUGUUUUUAUUUCCUGAAUGAAAUAAUUGUGCAGAUUCGUCCCCAAAAUGUCUGUAGAGGUCCAACCUGAAAGGGGAAUCAAACUAUAACUAAGUUGUUAUUGUUUUUUUUGUUUGUUUGUUUUAGUCAGGUUGUGUUUAUGGAACCCAGUCAACAGAGUAAAUGCUGGCACUGAACAUUUCUGCCAACCAGGAACUGUGUUGAAAUUUUAUUUUUCAGUUUCAGUGCUUCUGGUCUGGUUAGGUUUCAGAAAAGUUUUGCCUUUACUCGAAACUCCUGACAUCUUGUUCAAAAUGUCUCAAAAUGUGGCUUCUCUGCCUGGAGUCACCGCCAGCCUCACAAACAUGAAAUGUUGACCAUAACAUGUCUGUGGUUUGCAGAAACGGGAAGUGGCAUCAUUUUAUUCUGCCGACUCGGCUGCUUUCUGAUCAUCUUAAGUCCUUACAAGGUUUACAUAUGUAUGUAUGUGUGACCUUUUCUUUAUUAAUCUCGAUUCCUCACAUGUUUCACAAGCCGUGAGGGGACGUGACCCCACUUAACAUGACGCAUUCAGUGUGAUGUCUCUUCAACAAGUUCGUUUAAAUCCUUAAACAAAACGACUUCUGGUUUUACGUUUUCUCAAAACUCCUCCUCCUGCAUUUUUUUAGGUUGAACACUGUUUUUGAAACUCUUUGUCCUCUUUCACACAUUGUUCUUAUGUAUAUGUCCACCACACUCACACACACACACACACACUUUGACUGGGUUAUUUCUUUUUUUUGUUUUUUUUUUUAUUUUUGCAUCUAUUUUCAGUUUUCCUCAUAGGUUUGUUAGUGUCAUGUAGAUAAACGCCCAACUUUAUUAACACGUAGGCCAGGCCACAUUAACCUUGUUAAUUGUUGUAUUAGAAAAAAAAACAUAUUUAAAUAUGGCUGCUUAUUGCUCCUGAUGAUGAUGAUGAUGAUAAUUAUAAUAAAUGUAUUGUACAGGCA